UCUCGAAUCAUGACGGUCACGAGGGGGUUCAUUGGCAACAAUCUCUGAGCUCCCUGGGCGGGUUUCGCAGGCAAUCAAGCUCGAUGCUACACUGCUGAUGGCCAUUCAAUCUGCAGGUUAGAUUAAGGUCUAGGGGUAUUACCACGGAUCGCCGGAGAGGGGAUCAAUGUAAGCUUUUGGCAGUCUAGCUGGAAUAAGGUGUGGCGAGUUGCAAAUGGGAGCUCUCAUAUUUCGGUGCAAUUGCACCGAUGACCAGAGCAUGGCAUCCAAAGGGGGCAAAGGGCACACAUCCCAAGUCUAUCCAGGAGAAACUCGGUCCCCUCCCCCGACGGGGCAAUUAGGCCGGGAUGCAGGUCCCGCAGACGUCCUGUUCGACCGAGAGACCGAGAGGGGUAUGCGAGAACGGUCCAAGAGGCAGACUCUAUCGCGAUCCAAUCGCGAAGAGUCGAGCAGGAUGGGAUGCGGGGUUGACGGCGGCCGUGAGCACGACGGCCGGGACAGGGAAGCGAGAUUAGCUGUGCAAGGUAUAUGCAUAUAUCUGAAGUGACGGGACGCAGGGGCAGCCCGUUGCGGGAGGCCGCUAGUUGAUGGCUGUUGAUGAUUCACUCUAUUGCGA